GAUUUUUAAGCGCAGAAGUAUUUUGCAGCUUCAUGGCGAAGGCCUGCCUGAGCUUGUUCGGCUUGUUCGGGCUUCAGUCUUCCAAAAAGCCUCAAGUGGUGAGGUGUCCACCCAAUGAGCAGGCCCUGGCAGAUUUCUUAGAACAGCACGAAGUAGACACUUCGUCAUGGGGAGAUGGCAAAGCGAAGCCUGUAGCCUCCUUACUGCGUGAGCUGAAUGAAGGCAGCUGCAGCUUGCGCAUUGAUCAAGCCAAGAAGCUGCAAAGGUGGGUGGAGCCUGUCUUCGUUCAGAUCACCUACAAUGGCAAAGUGUUAGUGGAGCGGAUGAAAGUUUUCCCCAACGGCUCUCAGCGCGUGCAUGCGACUGUUCUGGCCGAGAAGAAGUGGCGGGAUGAUGCCACGACCGUUGAUGCAGCGAUACGGGGUAUGCGGGAAGAGCUACGUGUCGAGAUCAGCAAAGAGACGGAGGGAUUAGUGCAUGCCCCUUUGGAGAACAUUUGCUUCGUUGAAUCCAUGGAUUCAGCGAGCUAUCCCGGUGUCGCUGCAAUCUACGACACUACCUUCAUGCGCUUCAACAUUCAGCCUGGCAGCAUGGCAGAGCGCGCUUUCAGCGCCUGCGGGCUUCCUGCUUGCAAGCCCUUUGAGACUGUGGAGCAGAAGGUCGAAGGUCCUUUGCACCUGUGCUGGGAAUGGCUUGAAUUCCAUGAAGCCUUACGCAGUGGCGUCAGAGGCAUGGUGCCGCCCAGAGAUGUGGAAUUGAAGGCAGACGGCAAACAUUAUUUGGACAGGAGCAGCUACGAGUCGGCAGGUCUGAGGGAUUGCCUGUCCAAAGCGCGCGAAGAUUCACAUCAAGUUCAGCUGAAUGUGGGUCCAGAGCGUUUGCAACCUCCACCGCCUCCAGUCACUAAAACUACGGAUUCUUUAUGAGGCCUUGGGGCCUUGCAGUGCCUUGCAGGUGAGCAACUAAGCCAAGUAAGGAUGGUAGUCAGCAAGACUGCUGUUAUACCUGCAGAUCCUGAAGACUUUGCGAUGCUCUCUUGACGUUGGCAGCCCGUAGGUAGCUAGCUAAGUAGCUCAUUAUUUUUCGUCUUUCAUUCGCUCAGCGAUGAAUCUUGAAGAUCUUAGUGACUUCACAUCCCUCAGGGUCGAGAACUUACGUCCUG